CCCCAAAACUUAUAUCUCGCCCUUCUCUUUCCCCCCUACAACUUGGUGCAUAUUUUGCAUCUGCCACCAUCGCAGAAACAGCGCUGGUGCAGUGUGUACCUAUUCCUCCUUGUGGCCGGCCCGCAUAUACGGAUUAACAUCCAAAGAUAUGUAUUAUCCACCAGGUCCGCCUCCACUGUAUUAUCCACCACCCCCGCCACAGUUUUACGCCCCACCGCCCUUGCCACCACCCCCAAGGCGAUACUCUCCGUGGCUUGUGCCUCUCAUAUGCUUGGUUAAUCUUGGAAUGUUUGUGUACGAAAUGUAUAAGAACAAUUGCCCAUCUAGACACCCAAGGGAUCAGUGUAUGUUAGGUGAUCCUUUUGGCAGGUUCUCAUUCGAACCCUUCAAAGAAGUCAAAUGGAUUGGUCCUUCCGCAGAAACUAUUAAGAAAUUAGGAGGCCUCGAUCAGCAACUAGUUGUGAAAGGUGAAUCGUGGCGCCUUUUCUCUUGCAUGUGGCUUCAUGCUGGAGUUAUUCAUUUAAUUUUCAACAUACUCAGCCUUGAUUUCGUUGGACUCCGACUUGAGCGCGACUUUGGAUAUCAUAGAUUUGUGUUUGUGUAUGUGCUUGCUGGGUUGGGCGGAAGUGUAGCGUCUUGUCUUCGUAUUAUUAAACAAGACUUGGCAUCACAUGCUGUGUCAGCUGGCGCAUCUGGGGCAAUUUUUGGAUUGUGUGGAGCCUCCCUUUCUGAGCUGAUCACAAACUGGACAAUCUAUGAUGAUAAGUGCUCAUCGAUCAUGAUACUCGUUCUCAAUCUUGUCUUGAACGUGGCCCUUGGAUUUCUACUGAAAAUGGACAUGUCAGGUCAUAUAGGAGGUUUUGUAGCUGGGUUCUUCCUCGGUUUUGUUUUUUUCAUCAAGCCUCAGUUUGGAUAUAUAAGCAGCAAGUUUAUUCCAGCAUACCAUGAAGUCAAACGUACACCAAGGCACAACUUCUGUCAAUAUUUCCUAGCGAUUGUAGGUCUUGUCGGAUCAAUUGCUCUAUUUGCGGCUGGCUUCGGUAAGCUAUUUAACAUUAAGGAAAUUAAAGAGAAGUUGCCGAAUCCCGUCAACAAUUAUUGAGCUACGUCUUUAGUGAAAAUUGUACAAACAAAACCUUCUUGAAGGCUCAACUGUCCUGUUCUGCAAGUAUAACUUACACCAGAAACUAUACUUGCUUCUAUACCCAAAACGUAUUUAUGAAGCACAUGCACAUGAAGAUUCAACUAAAUUUUUUUCUGGGGUAUGGAUGUAUCUUGAGAAUGCGCAGAUGUAAUACAUAUGACAGAGGAUGGUUUUGGGGGAGUAAAGAAAGAUGAGCACUUCGUGGAUGGUUGCUAGAAUUAGUAUUUAUUGAAAACGUAUUCAUGGCAAGCUGUUUCUUGAGGUUUCAGAAUUUUCUCA